AUGAUACCAGAAAUGUAUAUAAAUCAUGUUAAAUCUUUCAUAAAACACAAUCCAACUUGGGAAUAUCGAUUUUGGACCGAUGAAUCUGGUCGUAGACUGCUCCAAAAAUACCAUCCAUAUCUUGUUAAGGCAUAUGACGAUUUUGGAAAUAGUGUUAAGCGAUCCGAUCUACUCCGUUAUGCAGUGCUGUAUGAAUUUGGCGGAUUUUAUGCAGAUUUAGACAUGACCAACCUGCGUCCGCUAAACUUAACUACAACGAAAUACACUUGUAUUGUUCCAGUUGAACCGUUUGAGCACAGUGCUUUGGUAUACAAUAAGGACUUCUUUAUAAACAAUGCAAUCAUGAGUUGCCGUGCAAAGCAUCCGUUUUUUAAGCUGCUUUUAUCGGACUUACAAUGGGCUAGUUCAACAGGUUAUCCUGUGGGAACCACAGGGUUUGCGUAUGUUACCCAAAAAUUUAUUCAGUACAAUCAUAUUAGCCUUGCAGACACUGGUAGGAACAAAACUGAUUGGACAAGUAAUUCUCCCUAUUUCUAUAAGGGAGAACUGAGAGAGGAUGAUAAUAACUCUGUAUAUGUACCUAAUUCACAGUACUUCAUGGACAAAUUGGAUCCUAUACAUGUAAAAGAAUUUGCAGAUAUCUGUACAGGUAUUGAAACGUUACCGUAUCUGAAACAAAGAGCGUGUACGGAGUUUAACAGACGGAAAGAUAUAAGAGAGAAAAAGAAAUAUACAUUUACCAUUCAUCAUUGGUAUCAUUUAUGGUAUCAGAAAAAAUCCACUAUUAAUGAGCUCAAAAAGGCCAAUAUAAUUGAUAUUGUUCCAAACUGUAUUCUAUCUAAUGGAUGA